CUGACUCCAGCUGCAGCCUCAGCCGGCUCCACAGCCUCUAUAACUAGAGCAGGACAGAACUACCACUGCAGACUGCAACUGUAGGAGAAGAGGACAGAACUACUAGGAGCGGUAGAGAGGAACGGACUCACGGGGAAAUACACAUUCAGCAGGAAGCAGCAACACCUGGAACACAACUCUGUUCUGAGACUCCAAACAACCCUCUCACUGGAUCACUUUGAGCUUUGGCUUUUAUUUACAAUUGAGACGAUUUGGAAACAAAGAGUUGAGAAAAACCAUAAACCACCUGGAUUGACCUUUAACCACUCUUGGGUUUCUUCUUCAUUUUUUUAACCCCCCUCCAGCCUGGAACCUUGGAGAGAGUUCUCUCUCUUCUGGGGGGGUCGGAGGACGAGACUGACCAGACGUACAGCGGGACAACAGACUCCGUCCAAGAUGUUGUGGUCGAGGAGAAUCGUUCAGCAGUGGUGCUUCUCUGUGUUCUUACUGUGUUCCCCUGUUCCUCACUACGGACGGCCAAUCGAUGGGCUCGCCAACAGGAUGAAGCGCUCGGUGACCCACGCCCAGCUGAUGCACGAUAAGGGCCGGACGCUGCAGGAUUUCAAGCGUCGCAUGUGGCUCCAAGAGCUGCUGGAGGAGGUCCAUACGGCUGAGAUCAGGGAGCUGCCCGCCCGCCCGGUGGUCAGCAGCGGACUGGGGCUGGGACUACCGGGUGCCGGGGUAGGGGUCAGCCUGGGAUUGGGCACUACUGGGGGUACCCUGCACCCCCACCCCAAACCUCGGGGCACCAAAAACCUUCCCAUUAACUUCCAUAUGGAGGAGGAGGGAACCAACCUGCCGCAGGAGACCAACAAGUCCCAAACAUACAAAGACAAAGACGGGGCGCGGAGGGCCAAGGAAGGGAAGAAAAAGAAAGGGAGGAAUGGGAAGAGGAGGGAGGGGGAGAGGAGGGAGGGGGAGAGGAGGGAUGGGGGGGAGAAGAGGAAGAGGCGGGCGCGCUCACUGGGCUGGGCGCAGGAAGGGGAGGAGCCUGGGAAUGGGUACCACCUGGAGUGGCGAGGGCCCUUCUUCGGCCUGAGGGGGGCGCUGCACUAGAACGCUGUCACACUCUGACUAAGAAACCCUAAGGACAUUCAGAUGAACACCCAGACACUCCUGCUGCAGGGUUCUGUGAUAGUGAUUGUUUGGAAAGUAAAAUAAGGAAAUAUUUAUUUUCUGUAAAUAUUGUAAACGCACCAGACUAGCGAUAAUGACGAAGACAAUAAAAAUUACAGACGCUCGCUCUGCGGAGCAACAUAAUUUAAUAAUUGUGAAAUCCUUCCUGUUCUGUUUUGUUUUGUUAGGACUAUGCCAAUUAUUAUUCCUGUCAGAUUUUGCUGUAAUUUAUUUUUGUUUGAAUCGUGUAUUUAUUUUGUAAAUGUAUCGAGGUGCUGCUGACCUUCUAUAUUUUUGUACCAUAAUGCACUUUUAGAUAUAUAUAUAU